GCAAUCCUUCCCCACCACUUCCACUCUUCUCUUCAAGCUCUCUCUUUCCUCUCUCCUCUCUCCCCUACCACCAUUAUAUGGCUAUAAGAAAGUCCAACAAGCUACCCCAAACAGCAGCUCUCAAACAAAUUCUCAAGAGAUGCUCAAGUUUUGGAAAGAAACUAUAUGAGCAACAAGGCCUUCCUGACGAUGUACCAAAAGGCCACUUCGCUGUGUAUGUUGGCGAGAAUAGAAGCAGAUAUAUAAUUCCAAUAUCAUGGUUGGAUCACCCUGAGAUUCGGAGUUUGCUUCAAAGAGCUGAAGAAGAGUUUGGCUUUAAACAUGAAAUGGGUCUUACGAUUCCUUGUGAAGAAAUCGUCUUUCGCUCUCUUACAGCUAUGAUCAAAUAAUUAUAAGGAGAGACAAGGGAUGAAGAAAAUUGAUUGAUAUUAGGGUUGUUUGGAGAUGGAGACAUGUAUAUAUUAUUGGAAAUCGGUAGAAAAAGAUAUAGAAAAUAAAUGAAAGAUGAGUAGAAUAUUGCUUGAGGCGUGAUAAUAAUCACUGUCUUUAAGGAUAAUUCGCCUUCGCCAUACAACAAGCCUUCUGAAUUACAAGUAACUCAGAGCAGCAGCAAUUACUCAGAAAUAGAGAAGAAGCAGUGGAGAGAAAAUAGAAGUAUUUGCUUUUGUGUGUACCCAUAACACGUAAAUGCACUUGUUUAUCAUUAUUCAAAUCCACAA